AUGACCUCCGCGGCAAACAGCGCCGAUGCCGCUCUCGCGCGCAUGGGAUACAAGAAUGAACUGCCGCGAAACCUGAGCAUGUUGAGUGUUCUAGGCUUGUCGUUCGCAAUCAUGGCAGCACCCUUCGGUCUCAGCACCACGCUCUACAUCACCCUGGUCGACGGCCAAUCCGUAACCAUCAUCUGGGGCUGGGUCCUUGUAACGUUGAUUUCGAUUGCAAUCGCAGCCUCUCUCGCCGAGAUCUGUGCUGUCUACCCCACAGCCGGCGGGGUCUACUACUGGAGCGCAAUGCUCUCAACCCGGAAAUGGGCACCCCUCAUGUCCUUUAUCGACGGCUGGCUGACACUCGUGGGCAAUUGGACGGUGACGCUGAGUAUCAAUUUCUCUGGAGGGCAGCUCAUUCUCAGUGCCAUUUCGCUGUGGAAUGAAGACUAUGUGCCGACGCCGUAUCAAACCAUUCUCAUGUUUUGGGCGGUCAUGGUGGUGUGCGCGCUGGUGAAUAUAUUUGCCUCGCGGUACUUGGAUUUGAUUAAUAAAGUGUGCAUCUACUGGACUGCGGCCAGUGUGCUGAUUAUUUUGAUUACGCUUUUGUCUAUGGCGGACAAUCGUCGGUCGGGCGAGUUUGUUUUUGGACAUUACGACGCAUCGUCAAGUGGAUGGCCGAAUGGAUGGGCAUUCUUCGUUGGCCUCCUACAAGCAGCUUACACAUUGACCGGCUACGGCAUGGUCGCAGCCAUGUGCGAGGAGGUGCAAAACCCUCAUCUCGAAGUGCCGCGAGCAAUCGUCUUGUCGGUCGUAGCCGCUGGAGUUACCGGCUUGAUCUAUUUGAUUCCAAUCAUGUUCACCCUCCCACCCGUCGAGAUCCUCCUCGCAGUCGCCAACGGCCAGCCCAUCGGACUACUAUUCAAAACAGUCACAGGAUCUGCCGCAGGCGGCUUCGGUCUUUUGUUUUUGAUUCUGGGCAUCAUGCUCUUUGCAGGAAUCGGCGCACUCACCGCAGCCAGUCGAUGCACCUACGCAUUUGCUCGUGACGGCGCAAUCCCAGGGUUCAGCACAUGGCAAAAAGUCAACAAAUCCUUCGACGUGCCCGUGAAUGCAGUUAUAUUAUCUACAGCCGUGGACUGCCUGCUGGGACUAAUCUAUUUCGGCUCAAGCGCCGCAUUCAACUCCUUCACAGGAGUAGCCACAAUCUGUCUCUCAACCUCCUACGGCGUCCCCAUCCUGAUUAACGUGCUACGCGGGCGCCGCGCCGUCAAACACUCCUCCUUCUCUCUCGGACGAUUCGGAUACGCCAUCAACAUUACAACAAUAUGCUGGAUUGUCUUGGCUGUGGUGUUGUUCUGUAUGCCCGUUUCGCUGCCUGUGACCCCGUCAACAAUGAAUUAUGCCUCCGUCGUGUUUGCGGGAUUUGCAACGAUUAGUGUCAUUUGGUAUUUUGUGUAUGCCCGCAGACACUUCACGGGACCGCCUGUUAUUGCGGAUUUGGUGGAUGAGGUUGGUAGUGAUACUCCGGAGAUUGGGGUUGUUGCUGGUAAAGCGGUGGUUGAUGCCGAGGGUGGCGAGCUAGAGAAGGUUGAUAAACAGUAG